AUGCUUGUCAUUUUGCUCAUUUCUCCGCACACCUCGAUUUGCGCCGUAAUAGAGCAUAAAGGGUUUGAGGUAACAACAGACAUUAUCUCACCAACUCGUGUUCGUCUCUCGUGGGAGAGUGAAAGCGAGGUGGAAGGUACUAAAGCUUCACGUUUUCGCGUUCUCUGCUCCUCAUCAGACAGAGCUCCAAUCGAAGCAAUCGUCACAACAACAACCGUGGAAUUGGACACCUUCAAGCCCGGAGUGGAGUACACUUGUGAAGUGCAUCCAGUGUGGGAUAGCCUAUUUAAUGGACUCGAAGUGAUUUCAGCAAAUCCUGGCAUUUCGCAACCAUUUGUGAUGAACUUUAAGGAGCAGGCGGAUUUAACUGCAAAGAGUAAGACUGAGGAAGGAAAGGGUGGAAGUUAUCAGGGCAGUAAUGCAGACUAUGAGCAACAAAGGGCAGAAGAAGGAAUGAAAGAACCUCAAACCACAUUGGAAGGGUCAGGAGACUUCACAGCAGUGAAGCAAGAAGAUCACAUUCCCGAGGUAAAUGCAGCACCACACGUUCGUGCAGAGUCCACCGGCGGACAGAUUGCAAGAGUGAUGUGGAAUCCUGUGGAGGCAAAUGGAACAAACGCUUCAAGGUAUCGUAUCAUUUGCCAAACAGAGGAUCCCCUCCAACAACCAAUCAAGGUUGCCUCGACCAAACAAACUGUGGUGGAGGUGGGAGCAUUUGAACCAGGUCUUGAAUACAGCUGCUCCGUCUACGCUAUUUGGGAUGAUUUGGUUCCUGGUGUGGAGGUAAUGUCAAUAGCUCCUGGAAUUUCAAACGCCUUCAAAAUACCUAGUAUAGGUGAGUUAUGCUUCUUUACAGACUGA